AUGGAAGUGGCACUGGUUGCUUGUAGGGAUGGGAUGCCAGUUAAUGCGGCAGCACGCCAGUACAAUAUUUCUGUUACGACACUAUUACGAAGAAUAAAAGCACCAAUUGAUCAACCUGUUGAUAAAAAACUUGGACGAUAUCGUUCUGUAUUUAGUAAGGAGCAAGAAAAGAUUUUAGCCGAUUACGUCUUACAAAUGGAAGAACGACUUUUUGGUUUAACCAUAGCAGAUCUUAAGUCUCUCGCAUAUCAAUUUGCUGUUAGGAUUCACAUUUCUCAACCAUUUAUUAAUGAAAAACAAAUAGCAGAAAAAGAUUGGGUUUAUGGAUUUUUAAAAAGGAACACGAAGUUAUCACUGCGGCUUCCAGAGAAAACUUCGGCAGCUAGAGCGUCGGCCUUCAAUGAGGUAAAUGUUAAUACGUUUUUCGACCUACUUGAUCAUUUAUAUGGAACUUGUCGAUAUUCCCCGAAUCGCAUAUAUAAUUGCGACGAGGCAGGAAUUACCACGGUUCCAAAUAAGCCUUCCAAAGUUAUAUCGAAAAAAGGAAAAAAACAGGUGGGAGUUUUGUCCUCCAGCUUUGGUAUUUCCAAGGGUUCGACACAAUGUGAUAUUUGA